AUGAGGGAGCAGGCGUCCUUUAGUGGUUCUCUGUUAGACGGACGGUCUGUGGAUGUCGAGGCCUGGACCAUUCCCCGUGUCCACAAGCCGUGUGUGUCCAAACCUCGUCUGCACCUGACUGAGGAGUACCCACGGAGCCUGGUUAGCAGCGGUCUGGGUCGUGCAACUACCGUCUCCCAGGCCAUCAUCACGGGAAACCUCGAGGCAUUAAAGGAGUUGUUCAAAUCUGGUCGCGCCGAGCAUGUGGACAAGCGCGGCAAUACAGCCCUUCAUAUCGCCACCAAGGUUGGCCAGGUGCGAGCCUUAAGAUGGCUAUUGCGUCACUCUCACAUACCGGUGAUGACGCGGAACAAACGAGGGGAGACGUGUGGCCACCUAGCAGCCAAUCUGGGACAGCUAAAGUGUCUGAAGGCGAUCCUGGCUGGUCAUAAGGAGAAGCACUUGGGUGUGGUCAGUGAAAGAGACAGCCGCGGCAUGACUGUGCUCCAUCACGCCGUAAUCGGGGGCAGUCACAGGACUGUCGUGUGGCUGGUUAAGGAAUUCGGCAAAGAUCUAUGUCUGAUGAAAAACGUGGACGGCGCCAUCGCCUUACACAUAGCAGCCGCCAAAGGAGCCACACCGAUGUUUUACGCUGCUCAGGAAGGUCAUCUGGAAUGUCUGCGUUGUCUCGUGCACCGAGGGAGCGGGGAUAUCUCUGUGUCAACCAAUGAGGGCACGACUUUGCUGCAUAUCGCUGCUUUGAGAGGUCAUGUCAACAUUCUCGAUUACAUCCUCCUGAAACUUGGUAAUGAAGCGCUUCAUGUUCAGUCACGUGACGGAUCUUCCCUUCUACAUUUCGCCGCAGGAAAUGGUAAUGAUGACGUAAUUAGACAUCUUAUAAAAAAUCCAGCUUUCCCGGAAGUGUUGGAUCUAGUUGACGUUAACGACAGUACGCCUGCGCACGAUGCAGCAGAGGGUGGUCACGUGGACUGCUUGAAGUUACUGCUGGACGCCGGGUUAGAACUGUUCACCCAGGACAAGGAAGGGGAAACCCCUUAUUCACUGGCGUUGAGAAGCACGAAUCCCAGAUGUAUUCUGUUCGUGAGGUCACUGACGGAGAGGGAGUAUCACAGCGAGGGGGAUAUUCUCUCGCCUUCAGCAUCCCCUCACGAGCUGCCAGAGAGGAAUCGUGAAGAUGACCGACCUGCCACGCAGCCUUCAACGCCCCCUCACGGGCUGAUAGAGACGAGUCAUGAAGACAGACCGACCUGCCACGCAGCCUUCCGCUGCCAGAGAGGAAUCGUGAAUACAGAUCACCCUGUCACCCACCCUUCAGCGCCCACUCACGAGCUCCCAGAGAGGAAUCGUGAAGACAGACCGACUUGUUGCCCAGCUUCAGCGCCCCCUCACGGGCUGCUAGAGACGAAUCGUGAAGACAGGCGGACCUUUCGCCCAACCUCAGCGCCCCCUCACGGGAUGCCAGAGAGGAAUUGGGAAGAUAGACACACUGUGGUUGUCUGA